CUCAGAUUUUCUUUUUCUACACUUCAUUUAUUACUAAAAAAUUGUACCAAAACUCUCACAAAUGAUAAGAAAGCGAGCCCCAUUCGCCACAUACGCCAAUUUAGUGAAUUUAUUACACCAUGGAAUUCAAUUUCUAUUUUUUUUCUUUUUCUCUUAGUUUCAUUCAACAUCACACUCUUGAUAAGAAUGGUGACUGGCCAUAUGAUAAGCAGGUCCAAAUUUUAUUCCCUACAAAACGCAGAUAUUUUUCCAUCCCAUUUCCAAAGACUCGAUUUUUUUUCACUGGGUUUCGAGCCAUGACCCUCAAAGCACCUCUAAUACUCCCCCAAAAAACAGAACCCAUUAAUGCCAAUAACAGCUUUAAUCGCCAAGAAUUUAAUGGGGCUUCCUUUACAGGUGCGGUUCUCAACCUGUCGACCACCAUAAUCGGCGCCGGAAUCAUGGCGUUGCCGGCGGCCAUGAAGGUACUCGGGCUCGGGCCGGGAGUCGCGGCCAUAGUGCUCGUCGCCAUCCUCACGGAGGUCUCUCUGGACUUCUUGCUCCGGUUCAGUAAAGCGGGCCGGGCCGUCACUUACGGUUGUGUGAUGGGGGACUCUUUUGGGGUUUUGGGCAAGAAAUUGCUGCAAGUUUGUAUCUUGACUAAUAAUGUUGGGGUGCUUGUGGUUUACAUGAUCAUUAUUGGUGAUGUGCUAUCUGGAUCAUCUUCAAGUGGGGUUCAUCAUGCUGGAGUUUUGGAAGGCUGGUUUGGGGAGCAAUGGUGGAACAAACGGUUUUUCAUUCUUCUUGUCACGACCCUUUUUGUCUUCACUCCAUUGGCAUUUUUUAAACGCAUCGAUUCUUUGCGACACUCCUCGGCAGUGGCAGUUUUCCUUGCAUUUGUGUUUGUUUUCAUUACUGCUGCCAUUUGUGUGUACAAAUUUCUGCAAGGAACCAUUAAAAUGCCGAGAUUUUUACCGGUAGUUACUGAUAUGAACUCCAUCUGGGCACUUUUCACUGUCGUCCCAGUUCUUGUUACUGCAUAUGUAUGCCAUUUUAACGUGCACAACAUCGAAACCGAGCUUGAAGACCGUUCGACCAUAAAAUCCGUGGUUCGAACUUCGCUUGCCCUAUGCUCGUUUACUUACAUAAUGACGAGCUUUUUCGGGUUUUUAUUAUUCGGAGACUCGACUCUAGACGAUGUACUUUCCAAUUUCGACACGAAUCUUGAUAUCCCUUUUGGUUCUAUGCUAAACGAUGCAGUUCGAAUUAGCUACGCACUUCACCUCAUGCUCGUUUUUCCCGUCAUAUUCUAUUCUCUUCGACUGAAUGUUGACGGCUUGAUUUUUCCAAACGCUGCUCGUUUGGCGGAUAACAAUGUUCGGUUCGUUUGGAUCACUUGUGGGCUCGUUUGUGUUAUUUUCUUGUGUGCGAAUUUCGUGCCAAGCAUAUGGGAUGCGUUUCAGUUCACGGGCUCGACUUCAACUGUGUGUAUUGGGUUUAUUUUUCCGGCCUCGAUUGCUUUGAGGGAUGUUCACUGCAUAAGCUCGAAAAAAGAUAGAGUCUUGGCUGUUUUCAUGAUAGGACUCGCCAUUUUCACGAGUUUGGUUGCUAUAUACAGUGAUGCCUAUGCCAUCUUGAAGAAGUGAAUAAAAAUGAACACUUUUUUAGUACAGAAAAAAGGUGUGUUGAGUUGUGUCUGAUGAAAGUUCUUGUGUUGUGUGAGAUUCAAAUAUUGCUUGAAGUUGGUCUUGUAUUGUUGUGACACUACAUAAAUUAAAAUGUAUACUAUCAAUUUGGAUGAUACAAGAUAAUAGUAUUCAUAUCUUUAUUUAUCAUAUGGGGUACUUUCCACCUCAUGUUGUGAGAGCACAACCGAACCGAGUUUGCAAAUACAACUCGAUUCGACUCGUUUGAAUGAGCAUUGCUCAAACAAGUAAGCGAACUUGUUUAUCUAGUGAGCCAUACCAAAUCGUGUUUGCAAAUAACUUAUUUUUAUUUUCAAGUUUUAAAUAAUAUAAUCGAACCUGUUUCAUAUACAUAUAGGGUGUGUGUGUUUAUAAAUUAUUUC